CUCCACGGUAGCUUCUAGCCAUAUGAAUGCCCCAGGCUACCUUCUUCAGCGUUCCUCCUUUUCCUCGCCAUCAUUCGACUUAUUGCGCCUCAUUCCCUGAGUUUAUAUUAUUUCAAAACAUAUACUACUCCACCUUACCCAGACGUUACAAUUGAUCAUGGUGCCUCGUGGCGAAUUUCUCAAUUGCAUCAUUCGUGGCUUGCCACAGAAUGCAAUCGUCGAGGACGUCGAGGACCAUAUUCGCAAUGAAACAAGGUGCACACCAUUUGUGUCUCCAAUUGUGCUUGACCCCCAGACUGGCACUUCCCUAGCAACUGUGACUCUAGAACUGCACGAUGAAAAAAGAGACGUGGUGGUGAGGCGACUCAACAACUCCACAUUCCUAGGGCUUCCCUCGCGGAUACACCUCGAUACGGACUUUUACGGUUUGAAUGUCCUCGCAGACGUGGACGGUUCGAAUAUAGAUUUCUGCUUUGUUCAUGGACUAGGGGGCCACGCUUUCCAGUCAUGGGCCGCUAAUUCGCAGCAGCCUGACCAACCGCCGCGUAUGUGGCCCCGCGAUUUCCUUCCAGCUCGAUUCCAUCAUGAAGGCAUCAAGGCUAGGAUCCUCACCUAUGGCCAUCGAGCAAAUACUGUUGUGAAUGCGGACCCUCAGGCAACAAUUUCGACGGCUGCAGAGCAGCUACUUGUGAAUUUCAUGGCCGACCGUGAGAAGCACCCCAACAGGCCAAUAUAUUUCGUGUGCCACAGCCUCGGCGGUCUCAUUAUUUGCCAGGCCCUGAUUUCGUGCCUCUCCACAGACCAAGGCUUCACCAUAAAACAGCAAUACAAGAAUCUGUUCAUGCACAAUGGCGUUUGCAUGGUGAAAGGCAUCGUCUUUCUUGGUACGCCCUUCAGAGGCAGUGGCCAGGCAAAUUUCAUUUACCCUUUCGUUAAGCUGCUCUCGAUGCAGUAUUUCUGGCCAAUCAACCAGAAUCUCGUUCGGUCGCUGAAACAACGGCCUAUUGCUCUCGGCCAAAUCGUUGGUCGAUUUAAUAGAGUCCGAAAGAAUAACCUCAUUCAGAUCUUCCCAUGCUAUGAAACCGAUGCGGUAGCUGGAACCAGCUUGACGACCAAUCGGGAAUCCGCUAUCAGCGCUUUUGACCGAGAUGUUGCUCCUCUGGCUAUCAACGCGAAUCACGUCCAGAUGAUCAAGUAUUCCCAUUCACAAGAGUCUUCUUAUCGCACCAUGGAAGAUCGCAUAAUACAAAUGGUAAAAAGUAUUAGCUAUGAGUCGGUGGGUGGAUCAAACCCCCCAGCUGACGACUUUGGUGGUGGGCGGGUGCCACGGCCAAGUUCACCACCAGUCGCACGCCCUCCCUCGUACGGGGGUGGCCAUAAUGGAUCCAACACCUCGAGCCAUGGGCACGGUGGCAGCUUUGGUUAUAGCCAUGGCCCAGCUCCCCAAUCUAGAGACAUUCCUCUGCCGACUCGACCAAGACAAGGCCCCAGUACACAUCCGCAACGUUUACCCCCUCUAGUUCAGAGGACCUCUACCUUUGGCUCUCAAUUCACUAGCCCUGGGUUGACACGCACUGGAACUGCCCCACCAAGCUACACUCCAAUGGCUGCACCGGAUAUCGGCUCCAUCGAUGAGUCCAAGUUCGAAUCUCUUAAGAUCUACGACACGGUUUUCAUUAUCGACGACACAGGCUCAAUGCAGAAGCCCGUGCUGAGUUACAAUCCACAAAAUAUCGCCGUCCCGGAACGUUGGGCGGCAUUGGUGGUUGCACUGGAAGUCUUCGCUAAAAUCGCAGCCAAAUACGACGACAACGGAAUUGACAUUGCCUUCCUAAAAAACGUGCAAUUGAACCCACAAGCCCAGGGGCUGAAAAAUGUUGACGAUGUCACCGCACUUCUGAGCCAAAUCAACCUCGCCGACCCUAUUUGUGGCGGAGGCACUGUUGUGAAGGAUCAGCUAGUUGCGGCCAUCGAGCCACGCAUGAGCGCGGUGCGGGAGUUCGCGGAACGCAGGAAGAAGAAUCCGUAUCUCACUCCGCCUAAGCCUCUCAAUCUUGUCGUGGUUACGGACGGUGAGGCCGAUGACGAACAAGCCGUCGAAGAGUAUAUCGUCAGCGUUGCGCGGGAACUUGCUGAACUUCGUGCUCCAAAGAGCUAUAUCGGGAUACAAUUCGUACAGAUUGGUGACGACGUCGAGGCUGCAGAGUACCUAAGACGGCUUGACGACGGCUUGAAGCCUUCUCACCAGACAGCAGAGGGCAAGCCGAUCAGAGAUAUGAAGUUAAUAUUUGAUGGCCAGAUUGUUGACACUACGCCAUUCAGAGGAUCCUUUGUUGAGGGGUCUGAUGGAGGGGUGCUGAGGGCAGAUGAGCAUCAGAAUUUUCCAAAGAUUAUGAUGGGCGCGAUUGAGAGAACUUUGGACAAGCUUUCUAACGACGUUGGCGAUCCAGGGUAUGAUGAGGAUGAAGACAGCGAAUAA